AGUACCGCGUCGGCCUCCGAGCGGAGCGUGUGUGUGACCGUUUGACCGCCAACGUGACCGCCUGAACGCCGCCGUGACCGACGCGACCGUCACCCCUUCUCACAUCUGACGCUCUCGCCGCCACCGCCGUCGCAGGAGCCACCCAUCGUCGGUUCCCGCCAUUUCUUCUUCGGCCGCCAUACUUGCCAGUCGUGCUCGGCGCGAAGAGAAAAAGAAACAAGUGACUACCGAACGAAAAUUUAAAACUAAAUAAAAAAAAAAACGAAACUUACAUUCCUACUCAACCUGUGAUAAUGUUAGUAUUUUAGUGACGUGAUUUUUUUUAAAGUAAACCUUUUUAUAUAUUUUUCUAAUGCGGAUAUUAGUAUAAGAUGUCUCGAGCAUCUGCUUUCAAGACGGUAUUUUAAAUUUCUUUCGUUGAACUGUAUCGGGGUACUGCAAUGACGAAGUACAAGUUGAACAACACCGCUCGGUCCGCAUCGGAGGUGACACUGACAUCCUAUAUGACUGGCAGUAUGGACAGCAGGAAGGACGAGAGGCACUACCAGAUACCAGAAUUGGACACCAAUCAGAACGACAACGUGAAUUCGGAAUCUAACAGGAAUUUGGAUACGUCGAGAAAUUGUCACAUGUGCCCGCACCCCUGCGACUUUAUCCACCACAGCGACAAAUUCGCCGCGUCGCUGGUAAAGCAGGGCUGUGACAAGUUUGGAUUGAACGAGUUGAAAGUGGAAGGUUUGGAGAAGAAUGUGUGCCUCUGUGAGAAGUAUAACGGUGGCUGCAAGCUUUGCCCGCGGCCGAGCCUCGCGCCGACCCUGAACCUGAGCCUCGACGGCAAGGAGUCCUGCUUGUCCUGUCACGACUCCACGUGUGCGACACAUUACAACCAUACCAAUGGCUACCCGGGUGGUGGGUAUCCGGAGAAAGAGCAAGUGAAAGGUGGCAGCGGCAGCAAGUGGCGGCGGGUGGUGGCGCGGAGGGCGAGGGCGUGCUGCUCCACCAAGAUGCUGCUCCGCCGGGUGCCCAUCCUCGCGUGGCUGCCACAGUACUCGCUCAGAAGCGGCCUGGCUGACAUCAUUGCAGGCAUCACGGUGGGUCUGACUGUGAUCCCGCAGGCGAUAGCGUACGCGGGAGUGGCGGGCCUGCCGCCACAGUACGGCCUCUAUUCCUCGUUCAUGGCGUGCUUCGUGUACACUGUGUUUGGGUCCGUGAAGGACUCAGCGAUCGGCCCGACCGCCAUAGCCGCCAUACUCACUAGGGAGAAUCUACACGGACUGGGCCCAGAGUUCGCGGUAUUACUGGCCUUCCUCUCCGGUUGCGUCGAACUCGUCAUGGGCAUAUUGCAACUUGGUUUCCUGAUAGACUUCAUCAGUGGUCCGGUAUCUGUGGGGUUCACGUCAGCGGCCGCCAUCAUCAUCGCCACUACCCAAGUGAAGGACAUCCUGGGGCUCAGCUUCCCUGGUGGCAAGUUCCUACAGGUGUGGACGGGUCUGUAUGAGCACAUCGGCGAGACUCGACUCUGGGACGCCGUGCUCGGAGUGUCCUGCAUCGUGGUGCUGCUCCUGCUCAGGAAAGUGAAGGAUAUAAAGGUGGGUUGGGGGGAGGGCGAGCGUGGCCGUCGCGUGCGCAGCUGCGUGUCGCAGGGGCUGUGGUUCCUCUCCACCACUAGGAACAUACUAGUGGUGCUCGUGUGCGCUGCCCUCGCUUACUACUUCGAUACUCAACAAAAAGCACCGUUCGUACUCACCGGUAACGUGAAGGCUGGUCUGCCGCAGCUGUCCCCGCCACCGUUCUCCGCGACCGUCGGCAACCACACGUACACGUUCGUCGAGAUGGCGUCUACUCUCGGCUCCGCCAUCUUUGUGGUGCCGCUGCUCUCUAUAUUAGAGAACAUUGCGCUCGCUAAAGUAUUCUCGGAGGGCAAGUACGUGGACGCGACGCAGGAGAUGCUGGCGCUGGGCGUGUGCAACAUCGCGUCGUCGCUGGUGGACUCCAUGCCGGUGUCGGGCGCGCUGUCCCGCGGCGCCGUCAACCACGCGUCCGGCGUCGCCUCCACCGCCGGCGGCCUCUACACCGGCGCGCUCGUGCUGCUCUCGCUGCAGUAUUUCACGCCGUACUUCUACUACAUCCCGAAGGCGUCCUUGGCGGCGGUCAUCAUCGCCGCUGUCGUCUUUAUGAUGGAGCUUCAUGUUUUCAAACCCAUUUGGAAGACUAAAAAGGUGGACCUGAUCCCGGCGGUGGUGACGUUCGGCAUGUGCCUGAUGACGCGGCUGGAGCUGGGCAUAGUGGCGGGCAUCGGCGUCAACCUGCUGUUCCUGCUGUACGCCUCCGCGCGGCCCUCCGUCACCGUCACGCACGCCGUCUCCGGGGACGGCGUGGAGCACGUGGUGGCGGCGGUGGACCGCGCGCUGUCCUUCCCCUCCGCGGAGUACGUGCGCCGCGCCCUGCGCAAGGCGGCCCCCGGCCCCCGGCCCCUCGUGCUCGACGCCACGCACGUGCAGGCCGCCGACUUCACCGCCGCCGAGGGCAUAAAAUCACUGAUCGAAGACUUCCACGCGCGCGGGCAGACUAUAAUAUUCUACAACGUGAAGCCGUCUAUAGCGGGCAUAUUCCGCGGGGUGAAGCCGCGCGAGUUCCUGCACUGCUCGUGCCGCGCGGAGCUGGACCGCAUGCUGCUGCAGGCGCACAACCAGAUGCAGCAGCGGCAGAAGCAACGAGUGCUGAACACGACGUAGGCCGAGCGCCGGCGACGACGUCGACGACGAGCAGCGAGCGCAGAUCUCCGCUAGUUCCCAUGUGACAUACGACAGUAUUUAUUAGUACAUGUACAUAGGUAACGGCGUACCGUACAGUUAUUUAUUAGCUUUGUUAUAAGUUAGCCGUAGCUUAGUUGUGUAACAGACGUUUGACGGUUUCGCACUAAAUAUACCUUUAUUAUAUGUUUGUUUUCGUUAUCAGUAUACGUCGACGCCGACUGGCGACCGUUCGAUGAUUGUAACGCCCGUGUUAUUAUAAUUAUGAUCGGUAUGGCUGUGAUUUGUGUCUUCGACCUAUCGGAAUCGAUUUAGUGUUUAUUAUGAAUAAAACGACCGAUUUGAGAUAU